AUGUCGGUCUUCGGAGAUGCCUCGCACAGCAGCUGGCGCACCCUGAUCGCCUUUGGCCUACUGGGUCUCUUCAACAACAUAAGCUACGUGAUCAUGCUGGCCGGCGCCAACAGCAUCUCGGCCGCUGCCGUAGGCCUCGUGUACCUGGCUGCCGUGGGCCCGGCCAUCAUCGUCAAGGCCUCAGGCCCCUACUGGUUCCAUGCGGUGGGGUACCCUCCCCGCAUGGCCGCCGCCGCGGCCCUCAUGUCAGGCUCCUUCUGCCUGGUGGCCCUCAGCGCCUCCCGCCCCCUCCAGCUCCUGGGAGUGGCGCUGGCCUCCUUCCAGGGGGGCCUGGGGGAGGCCUCGUGCCUCGCCCUCAGCGCACGCUACGGCUCCGACCGCGGCCCCAUCACGCUGUGGAGCAGCGGCACCGGUUUCGCCGGGGUGGCGGGGUACGCCUGGGUGGCGGCGCUGCAUGUCUGGGCGGGCCUCAGCUUCAGGACCACCCUCCUGGCCGGCAAUGUGCUGGCCGGCGCCUGGCUGGCCACCUUCUUCCUGCUCCUGCGGCCCCCGCCCCCGCGGCCAGUGCCCCUGCCUACUUCAGACGGCGAGGAGGACGACGACACCGCGGCCAGCGCCGGCCCGGCGCCAAUCGACCCCGAGAGGGUGCCCCUCCGGCCCGCUGCAGCAGGCGGGCUGCUGCCGCGCUCCGGCAGCCGCUCGGCGCUGGCCGUGGAGGCCGGCGGCAGCCAUGCAGCGACGGGGCGGGGCGCGGGCGCCGGCCCGGGCAAGCCAAAGCCAGGGGGACGCACGGCAGCGGCGCUGAGCAUCCAGGAGAGGCGGCCGGCGGGGGCGGGCAGGGGCGGCGAGACCGGCCCCGGCGCCGCGGCGAGUCUCCCGCCCUCUGCCCUGGGGCCCUUGGGCCGGCUGUGCUUGACCCUGGGGCUCUGGCCCUUCACGGUGCCCCUCUUCACCGUCUACCUGGCCGAGUACUCCAUGCAGAGCGGUGCCUGGACCGCCAUCGGUUUCCCUGUGACGGACGCUGCGGCCCGCCACGCCUUUUACAUCUACGCCAACUGGUGCUACCAGGCCGGCGUUUUUGUGAGCCGGUCCAGCGGCAUGGUGUGGCAGCCGGGCAUGGCAGCGCUGUGGGCCAUGCCGGCCUUGCAGGCGGGCCUCCUCUUCUUCUUCCUGCACGAUGCCGUGGUGCACUGGUGGUACGGCUGGACGCUCCUCCUCCCCUGCUUUCUCACAGGUCUGCUGGGCGGGGCGGUGUACGUGAACGCGUUUGCACUGCUGUCCCGCUCUGUACCCCCAAUCCAGCGCGAGUUCUCCAUGGCGGCGGCCUCCGUCGCCGACUCGCUGGGCAUCGCGUGCGCUGACGUUGCGGGGGUGCUCAUCCAGGGCUGCCUGUUCAAGAUCAAUCGCAUCCCCGGCGCCGACUACACGUGUUGA